AUGGCCCCGCCGCGACGGAGCGCCGCGCCGCGUCGAAGGACGCUUCCGUACGAUGCCCCCCGCCUCACGAGCGACUCGUACUAUGCCCGGGCCAACGAGUUUCGUGCGUGGCUAGCGGCCCGGCAUAUGUAUUUAGACGAGCUGACGCGAGACGUAGCGCGAGGCUACUUUGACGAGUUUGUCGACGCGUGGAAUCAGGGCGCGUUGGAAGACGACAUGUAUGCCGGACGACGCAAAGGUGAGCAUACGCGGUAUCGAUGGGCCUUUGCAGUGUGUUCGCCACCGCCACGCUCUGUCGCCGAUUGGCAGUAUACCCGCGAAAUGCAAGCCGAGCAGGCACGCGAGGCGAAAAGGGCGCAGCGCCGUGAGGACCGACGUGCUACAGCCGCGUGGCUGGACGAGCAUGCACCGCGAGCGACAGGUCGGGAACGUCUGUUGGAAAAGAAACGAGAACGAGCCGCUGAGUAUCGAGCGAUGGCCGAGCGGCAUUCGAUCGACGACGAUAUCGCCGAUGGAUUGUCCGACGAGGCCUUGCUAGGCACCAGCACGCAAGCUUCGUUCCAAGCGGCCCUUCAAGCCAGAGACCGCCAUGCCCAGCGCCGUGCCCAGCGUGACGCGGCGAAAAAAGCGGAGCAUGCAGCGCGUCGAGAGGCGUGGCAAGCGAAAGAGAAGGCUACGCGGGCCAUGCUGGCAGAGAUGGCGAAGCGGUACACGUCGACCUAA